AUGAAAUUUUCCCAUUCUUUACAAUUCAAUGCUGUUCCAGAUUGGUCUUCAAAAUAUAUUGCCUAUUCGCAAUUGAAAAAAACGAUCUAUGCACUGCAAAAAGAUAAGUUAUAUAAUUCUUCCAAUAUUACUGACCUCGAAAAUGAUGGCUUGAGUCCCGACAAUGAUCACAAUACCAGUGAUGACAUUUACAUAAACAAAUUUAUUAAAGAAUUAAAUGCUCAAUUACAAAAAAUCGAUGGUUUUUAUAUAAAUCAAGAAAAAACAUUGAUCGAUAAUUUUAACGAUAUAUUGCAAGAAAUAAACGAAUUCGAUGAGUAUUACCUUUCAGAUGCAUUAGUUUGCUCCCAUUUAAAUAGCGGCGUGAUUCAGAAUGCCAAUGAAAUUGAGAAUGAACCUUCAAAUGAUGAUGAGACUUCAAGUUUAAUCAUUCAUAGAAAUUUAUCGUUACAAAACGAUAGAAAUUAUUCAAGCAUCGGUGAGAAUAAGAGAAACUUCUCCGGGGGAGGUAACCUUUUAGAUAAUAACACCAUUGACGGUGUUGAUGACACUGUUAAAAAGUUUCUUCCUUUGAAAAAUUCAAUAUCAAAUUCAGUAUUAGAUGAUAAUAAUAGAAAAAUUAGUUAUGGUAAAAUAAGAAAAACUUCCAUGACAAAUUCAAUCAAUAAUAUGGUAAUGGACAAUAAUAUUUAUAUUGAACAUAAAAUAACAAUUAAAAAAAGAUUGAUUUCAAUAUUCACUCAAUUUAAUGAAUUGUUAGAUUACAUUAAUUUGAAUUUAACUGGUUUCACUAAAAUCUGUAAAAAAUUCGAUAAGUCAUUAGAAACAAAUAUAAAAACAACUUAUUUGAGUUUAAUAACCAAGAAAUCACAUUGUUUCAAUGAUAUCACAAUUAAUAGGGUCAAAGUGAUAAUUAAUAGAAUUAUAAUAAUGUUCGCAAAGUUCUCAAAUUCAAUCCCACAAGAAUCAUCUAUUUUAUUGUUCAGUAGUGAUGACUCUUACGAUACAAGCGAUAAUAAUGCAGGCAUUCAAGAUUAUACGAAUGAAGAAGCAAAUGAAGAAGUUGAGAAAUCCGAAUUAUUUAUGAAUGCUAAAAGACAAUUGUCUUCGCAUCUGAGAGAUCAUAUAAUUUGGGAAAGAAAUACAGUAUGGAAAGACAUGAUAAACUUAGAGAGAAAAGCAAACAAUGUUAAUAACGAUACGAAUGCCUCAUACUUUAAUAACUUAUACACUUCUUUCAAUAUAAAAAAUAAUUUGAAAAAAGAUUUCGAGAAAUUGAAAGGUAAUGAUGGGUUCAAUAAUGCAACAUCAAUUACGGAUAUAAUACAAUUGAGAACUUUUGUCCACUUCAUGAUACUUACAUUGAUAUUCAUAUUUUUUCUUAUUAUAUCACCAUUUCAAGAGGACAUUUUACAAAAAAAUUGUUUUGCAAUUUUAAUAUACGCUUCAUUACUAUGGGCGACCGAAACUAUUCCGCUGUUUGUUACAUCCUUAUUAGUUCCUUUAUUAAUUGUGAUGUUCCCAGUUUUAAGUGAUCCAACUGAUCCGGGAACUAUUCUAACCCCGGUUCAAUCUUCACAAUAUAUUCUAUCAACCAUGUGGUCAAGUGUAAUUAUGUUAUUAUUAGGGGGUUUUACCCUUGCUGCUGCUUUAUCGAAAUAUAAUAUUGCCAAAGUUAUAGCUACCAAAAUUUUAUCAUCAGUAGGAACUAACCCAAAAAUUAUUUUAAUAACAAUGAUGUUUUUGGCUCUAUUUAUCUCUAUGUGGGUAUCUAACGUUGCUGCUCCUGUUAUAUGUUUUUCAAUUAUACAACCGAUCUUGAGGACAUUACCUAAACAAUCUUCAUAUGGUAAGUCUUUAAUUAUGGGAAUUGCAUUGGCAUCAAAUAUAGGUGGUAUGGCAUCACCUAUAUCAUCUCCCCAAAAUAUUUUUGCUAUUUCACUUAUGGAUCCGCAACCCACUUGGAUAGAAUGGUUUGCCAUAGCAAUCCCUAUUUGCAUUUUAUGUAUAGUUAUAAUUUGGAUUUUACUGAUUAUUACAUUCCCAUUGGACCCGAAUUUGAAAAUUUUGCAACUACAUCCUAUCAGAGAGAGCUUUUCUCACAAACAAUGGGCUGUUUGUGGCAUUUCUAUGCUCACAAUUUUAUUAUGGUGUUUUUCAAACCAAAUAUCAAGCUACUUUGGAGAGAUGGGUAUAAUCUCAAUCAUACCACUUGUACUUUUCUUCGGUACUGGUUUAUUAACUUCUGAAGAUUUUAAUAGUUUUAUGUGGACAAUAAUCAUACUGGCAAUGGGUGGUACUACGCUAGGAAAAGCCGUAUCAUUAUCUGGAUUGCUAAGUCACGUUGCGGAGAUAAUCAAAGCCCAAGUGGAACAUGACACUAUUUUCACAAUUGUGCUUAUUUUUGGUUUAUUAAUUUUAACUAUAGCUACAUUUGUGUCACAUGUAGUGGCAGCAAUGAUUGUUUUACCAUUGAUGAGCGAAAUUGGUUCAAGUCUACCAUCUGAUCAUUCAAGAUUAUUAGUGAUGAUGGCCACCAUGCUGUGUUCCUGUGCAAUGGGAUUACCAACGUCUGGUAUUCCAAAUGUGACUGCAAUUUCAUUGACAGAUGAAUUUGGUGAUAGAUAUCUGACCGUUGGCAAUUUUAUAACAAGAGGUGUACCUUCAGGAUUCUUAUGUUACUUUAUAAUCGUGACAGUAGGAUUCGGACUAAUGAAAUUGAUCGGUUUUUAA